AUGAGAGACUGUGCAUUAUACUUGAGAGGGCUGAGGUUCCAGGCACCGAAAUCAUGGAUCGUCCGUGCGCCUAGCGCCACGCUGACGGAAAAAGUCCGGGCAUCAACUUACGACGCCAAGAUUGAGCAUGAGCGGGAUAUGGUCGAGAGAGAGACAUAUGGGAACAAAUUUAGUGGUAGGCAGUGGAAAAGGUGGUGCGAACAUAAACAAAGGAUCGAGCGCCAGCAUAUGAAUGGUACCGGAUAG